CUAGUGGGAUAUUAAAUAUGUCUGCGUCCUAUACCAAAUUCUCUGUUUGUUUGGUCGUCUAGUUUCCUAUCAAAACAAAGGAAUUAGCGGUAUCUGUGGGAGAUUUAUCCUUCCUAGGGUUGUAUUGGAAUUCACCUAGUAUCGCUACAAUAAUGCCAAAGAUUCCAAAAGUGGUUAUAUGUGGCCUCCAAGGAACUGGCAAGACUGCAAUACUAGAGCAGUUGAUAUAUGGCAAUCACAAAGUUGGCUCGGAGGUAGAUCCAACUAUUGAAGACGUCUAUGUAGCUAACAUAGAAACAGAUCGGGGUACAAAGGAGAAGAUCAGAUUUUAUGAUACAGCUGGAUUGAAUGAGCAGAAAGUUACAACACUAAAGCACCUGUUUAGCUCUGUGGAUGGAGUGAUAUUGGUUUACAGUGUCACUGACACACAGUCAUUUAAAAAGCUUGAUAUCUUGAGGAAGGAAGUGGACAGAGCAAAGGAUAAAAAAGAGCUUCCUGUGAUAGUUCUGGCAAAUAAAUCCGAUUUGACAGAUGAACGGAUAGUGGACAAGGCCCAAGGAGAAAUGUGGGCAGCAAGGGAACGAAUAAAACAUUAUGAAGUAACCGCAGCAGAUAGAAGAACAUUAACUGAGCCCUUUGUAUUUCUGACAUCCAAGCUAACACAGCCACCCAAUAAAUCAUCAUUUCCAACUGCUUCUCAACUAGCACGGAAAAUUACAUCGAAAGGUGAACCAAAGGCAGAGAAAAAUGUUUCUGAAUGCUGAAUUUAGAAAUUUUGCUGUACAGUCAGCUGUUGCAACAUGUAGGUGGCAGCACCUCCUAGACAUCCUUCACCUCUCUUUACUCUGCAUUGGCCAUAGAAGGCAGUCAAGUGUUUGUAAAUUCAUCAAUCUAGGUGUUCUUAGUUACCUUUUCUAUGUUAUAUGAAUAUCCUGGUUAUAUAUUAUUUAACAGUACAAAAAAUAGUAGAGUCCCUAACUAUGAUUCAAUUAUAAAUAAAGUAAUUAUAGAUUAUAUAUAUUAUAAUAGAUCAUUUUAGAAACAGGGAAAUAUGUAUAUAUAUAUCACCAAUUACCUUGUAAAUAGCCAAUAAAAUUUGUGAAGUUCAAAA